AUGAACACCAACCUCACAUAUGAUUCUGGCGAGCCAAUGUUGCCAACUCUACACCAUGAAUGCAUUCGCGUACCAGUGACAGCACUGGCCUCUUGCGGCGCUCUGCUGAUCGCUGCAGAAGGCCCCUUUUUACGCUUCCACCAUGCCAGCGACUCGCGGUACAUCUCUUCGGAGCGCGUCUUCAAAGCUCAAGCAAUCCAUGGAAUACGCGUCUUUUCGGAAGAGCAUGCGCACGUUAUCAAACUGGUCAUCUGGGGUGGAAGACUGGUCCGCGCCCUCGAGAUUGACUUUGCAGAUCAAGUUGGCCAACAAGGCCUGAGCCUAUGUUUCUCCAACGUCGCGAAAGCUUCAGAUUGGAUUCUUGAUCUCGCUCCUCGUCCCAAAGGCCUGGAUGACGAUGCUCAGUACCACAAAGGAUCCUGCAUUGCUGUCACUGCUCAUAACGCACUGCUGCACGUUGAGAUGGAACAAAGGACGUCGGACGACUUCCACAUGACCAAGUGCGCAUACCACACAUUGAUCCGUUGGAGUAUCAUUUUCUUGCUGACAUUUUGA